AUGGCUCCUUCAACUCCUGCAGCAGGGGAAGAAACUCACCAGCAGCUUCUCGACCGUCUCGACAUCGCUGGUAUUCCGCGCUUCUUCCGCAACCCGAACUGGAAGCCAUCGCAACGACGGAACAAGAACGUGAAGCAGCUCCUCGCUGAAUCCUCCCGCAAAGAAGCAUCGUCCAUGGCGACACAGAACAACUCCGGAGCGACGACGCCCAUGGCCGUUAGCACUACGGAUGGCACGCAGACCCCCUCUGGAGGAGGCGCGGCGUUCCGGCCUCCGAAUAUCGCUCAGGCCGCGCAAAACUUGUCUACCCUGGUCCUGGAGAAGAAUAUGAAGUCUUCGUUUUCUACAGGGCCGGCAGUCACGUAUACCAACAUCGAGUCAGCGCCGUCGUUGAAUCCCGCCCAUCAGAGGCGUUACUGCGAUAUCACAGGCCUUCCAGCGCCGUAUACUGAUCCCAAGACGAGGCUCCGAUACCACAACCAGGAAAUAUUUGCGCAGGAUGGUGGCGAGAUUGUUGCAUGUGAGGCCAUCCGAGUCAAGCCCUUUCCACCCACCGUGCCCCUCUCGAGACAGGUUCAAGAAAGCGCUCCGGCUUAG